UGUUUUCUCAGCAGCUGGUCUUUGGUCUUUUCUAUUUAAACCCGGUCAACCAGAAUUAAUUUGACCCAAGUGAUGUUUGCCUUUCUUCUCUCCACAUUCAGCAAUCACACUUAGUAAUGAGUCGUGAGAGUCUGCCACCUCUCCCAUCAUCUGUCCAGUUGAUCAGGAUGGACAACAGUAAAGUCUUUAGUUUGAAUUUGGAGGAUGGUUCACUAAAAAACACGUGUCUGUGUAAACUGCUCUGAGGAACAAUGGUGAUAUCAAGUCGGUGAUAACAUGGCUGUUCCUAACACCUAUGGGCUGAUCUUUGCCUGUACCUGUGGAGUGAUACUGGGCAUUGGGCUCUGUGCUAACCUGCUUGUCUUCUCUCUGUUCGCCAAAUACAACACUUUGCGUAAGAACCGACUGGACAUUCUCCUCCUCAGCAUGACUCUGGCCGACUUUCUCACCCUCCUGCUCAUCCCUUUUACCGUGCACUCUGCUGUAAGUCACUCCUGGCCUCUGGGUGACACCUCCUGUAAGGUCUACCAGUUUAUGCUGGCCUUCAGCCUAGCCGCCAGCACCUACUCUCUGUGUGCCGUGUCCAUGACACGUGCGAUGAUCAUAACCAACCCGUACCAGCCGCCUACCAUGGACCUGGUCAUCCUCAUGUUUGUCCUGGUCUGGGCCCUCAGCUUCUUCAUCAGCCUACCUUUGCGUAUGUUUGCUAACAAAGACAGCCUGGGUCCGAGCAUGGCAAACUUCACCUUCUGCCUCCCAACCAUUCCUGACCACCACUACCAAGUGGUCCUCAGCCAGUUUGUGCUUUACUACUUUGUCCCAAUGCUUGUCAUCGCCUUCAACUACGUUCGGUUGGCUCUCUUUCUCCACAAGAGUCCAGUUAUGUCUGUGUCCAGCGCAAGGAACACCCGCCGAGCCUCUGUCAUGGUGUUUUUGGCUGCUGCUACUUUCUCUGUGUGCUGGUUGCCUGGUUACGUGCUUGAGCUGUGCGUGUACCUGGGACUGUAUCGCCAUGGACAGGCUUGGGAGAUGUUUUACUUUGUCUGUACAAUGCUACAGUAUCUGCAUCCCUGCAUCAACCCUGUACUGUACGUGCUGCUGUCAAAGCGCUACCGCCACACGAGGGCAGCCUGGCUCUUCAGCUGCAACAGGAACAGAGUGCAGCCGCAGGUUAUUAGCGUCACUACAGACAGCUUUUAAAUGAAGCUACUUUUUCAAGCAUCAAGCAGAGUUGGUUUACUUUUUUAUACAAACUUCAUAGAAAUCAACUUCUUUUGUUAACAAAAUGUUUUUGUAUUAAUCUCCAUACUUGAGGUAUAAAUAUACAAAUAAAACAAUGAGACCAAUGAGUGGUCUUUGUUUCUUAUGUGCUUGCAGUAAGAUUGUCUCUUCACAAAUGACAUCAAUAUGAAGACCUUAAUACAAGUACUGUAUCAUAGAAAUAU